CUGCUGAAGCACGAGCAGGGAGAAACUGCUGACUUUGAGUUGUUAAAGCAUCAGCUGUCAGAUCCGGAUAUAAAGGAUGCCCAGAUCAUUAACUGGUUGCAUGAAUUCCGCGCUUCUGUUGUAUACUUGACAAAAGAUGUGGAGGAGCUGGUCAGCAUUUUGUUGAAGCUGCCAUGGUUGAGAAGAAGCCAGGAUGUGGUGGAGGAAUAUUUAGAUUUUCUGGGUAACCUGGUAUCAGCACAAAGUAUCUAUCUUAGACCCUGCCUCCGCAUGAUUGUCUCACAUUUUGUACCUUCUCAAGUAAUCGUAAGGGAAGAUGGUGUGGAUUUUUCAGAUUCUGAUGAUGAUGAAGAAAACCUUUCUGGAAACUUUAAAGCAUGUCACAGAGCACUGCAAACUGUAGCAAGAUAUGUGCCUUUAACACCGUUGUUUCUUAUGCCAAUACUUGUGGAAAACUUUCCCUUCAUUAAUAAAUCGGAAAAUACCCUGGAAUAUUAUGUUCAUAACUUGCUGCGAAUUACUGUGUAUCUUCCAACUCUGAGACUUGGAAUUCUGGAACUUAUAGUUGAAAAACUAUUGAAGCUGGAUGUAAGCACACCACGACAGGAUAUUGAGGAUGCUGAAGAAAAUGCUAAUGCUCCUGGUAGUGUGGAAAAAACCACAGAAGAAGGACUUUUUGACAUGGAGGAAGAUGAAGAAACAGAAAAAGAAAACCAAGGUGCCUCCAGUGAGAGUGAUGUGAUGGCCCAUCCUCUAGCAGAACGCUUGGAUAUUUUGAUGACCAUUCUGUUUGCUUAUAUAAAAGAGGUCUGCUAUGUCAAUGGCAAAGUUGAUAUCAACAAUACAAAAGGCUUAUAUCGGGAUCUAAUUACCAUCUUUGACAAACUAAUUUUACCAACCCAUGCUUUGUGUCAUGUACAGUACUUCAUGUUUUAUAUCUGCAGUUUUAAAUUGGGGUUUGCAGAAGCAUUCUUAGACCAUCUUUGGAAGAUACUGCAGGAUCCAAAUAAUCCUGCAGUGAUCAGACAAACCGCUGGAAAUUAUAUUGGCAGCUUUUUGGCAAGGGCUAAAUUUAUUCCAAUUGUCACAGUGAAAGCAUGUCUGGACCUGUUGGUUAAUUGGCUGCACAGAUAUAUUGAUAGUCAGGAUGCAGGGACAAAUGCUUACUGUGAUGUAGCUCUACAUGGACCGUUUUACUCCGCGUGCCAAGCUGUCUUCUAUACUUUCAUUUUCCGCCAUAGGCAGCUUUUAGAUGGCAACUUAAGGAAAGGUUUGGCAUACCUGCAGAACUUAAAUUUUGAACGCAUCGUCAUGUGUCAGCUGAAUCCCCUGAAGAUUUGCUUAGUUUCUGUUGUCAACUUGUUUGCAGCCAUUACCAGGAAGUACCAGUUGGUGUUCUGCUACACCAUAAUUGAGAGGAACAACAGGCAGUUUUUACCAGUCAUUAGAAGCAGCAAUGGCGGUGACUCUGUACAGGCUUGCACUAAUCCACUUGAUAGUUUUUUUCCUUUUGAUCCUUACAUUCUCAAAAGGUCAAAGAAGAAUAUUGAUCCUCUUUAUCAGAUUUGGGAAGAACUGAGUGCUGAAGAUCUUAAGGACCUUACAGCACCCAUUAAAAAGAAUACAGCUGAAGACGAAGAUGAUGACUUCUUGAAAGGAGAGACUCCUCAGAACGAUGGCAUGCUUGGAAUUACUCCAAGUUCGUAUGACUCAAAUAUUCUGAGUACACCAAGCAGCCUAGGAUCCCCCCCACCAGGAACAUAUAUACAGCAGCACCUCUGACUGAAACUGCAAGUUGAGAGGGAAAAGCUAUGUACAUUUCUCUGGAAAGCUGUUCAGUCUUUCUACAAACUCAAGUUUUUUCAUUUUUUUUCUUUGAACUGUAUUAAACAGGGAGGAAAGCUGACUUUUAGCUUUUUAACUGUUGUUUCUGCUAAGAUGAGUUCUGAUAAUUUCAUAUGUUGCCAAAAGAGACUAGAGAAUAAAAUG